AUCAUUUUAAAUAUUAUUUAAGUAAAAAAUAGAAACAUUAAAGAUUCAAAGGAUCAUUUUAUAAAUAAAAAAAGUUCAACUCCAAAAUGGAGUAAUGGGUAAGAUUACUCCAUAAAUGGAGUAACCCUAGCCAUUACUCCAUUUUUAACUCCAAAAUGGAGUGGGGUUGGAGAAGAUUUUACUCUAUAAUGAUGUUUGGAGUUGAAAAUGGAGUAGGGUUGGAGAUGCCCUUAACACUUGUGCGCCCUUCUCUUCUUUGUCUUCUUCCUCAAAUUUGCUUCGUUCACUUUCAGAUUCUCUCACCAGACACGAACUCCAGAUUCAUCCCGACAAUGGAAACAUUCCAUCUCCUCCUUUUUCUUUCCCACUUUCUCUUCUUCACGACGUACACCACGCUUACCUCAGCAAAAUCCCAGAUCGUUGACUGUACAAUGUGCACUUCUUGUGACAACCCUUGUCAGCCGAACCCCUCUCCUCCGCCUCCGACUCCAUCUCCUCCGCCUCCAGCCACCACCACCACCACUGCUUGUCCUCCGCCUCCUAGAUCCGGCGGUAGUGGUAGUGGUGGUGGUCCUUACUACUACUACCCACCUCCUUCUCAGUCUGGCUCUUACCGUCCACCACCAUCUUCUUCCGGCGACGGUGGCUACUAUUAUCCGCCGCCGAAAAGUGGAGGGAACUACAACCCUUAUACGCCGCCGCCAAACCCAAUCGUUCCGUACUUUCCGUUUUACUACCACAGCCCUCCCCAGCAAUCUGUUGUGUCGGCCGGAUCUGAUGUGAAAGUCAAACUCUCUUACGUGUUUUCUUUGGUUAUAAUUUUUGCUCUUUACUUAUAAGACAGAUAAUUGUAACAUCAAGAAACCCUCAGAUCUUUGUAAGGAAGAACACUAUGCAUGAGAGAUCUUGUACAAGUAGCAAAUUUAUCUGUACUUCUAUCAUUUUUAACAAUUUUAUGAAUGAAGCCUUUUAUUA